AUCUCAUUCCAGCACAACAUAAAAAUAUAUUAAUGGGUGCAAAAUCGUCACGGUGAAACUGCUCGCAUUGUAGUUUACCCUCCACAAAAUCAAAAUCUGAUUAUGAACCUCUCUAUCUCUCUCAACGUAUAAAGGCGGGAAAACACCGAAAUUCUCCCUGGACGAUCAAACUAUGAAAUCUCUCUCAACGUAGCUUCAAACUCUAACGUACUCUCUCUCUCUCCUUCUUUCUCCUUCUUCUUCUUCGAUGCUUUCAGAAAUCCACUUUCUAAAUUUGCGGUAGCUUCAAUUUCUUCUGUUCAGAGGCCAUCUCCUCUCUGUGCGAAUCUCAUCUCGAAAAAUGGAGAAACUCAGGCCAGCGUGGGCUGUCAAGGCAAUCAUCGUCAUUGUUUUCACUUCGACUCUUUUCCGAUGCGUCUGCGGCGAGAAUCAUACCGUCGGCGGAGCCUCAGGCUGGGAUCUCAGUUCCAACAUCCAGGCCUGGUCAUCUACGACAACGUUUAAUAUCGGAGACGAUCUCGUAUUCUCGUACACGCCGGUUCACGACGUGGUGGAGGUGAACCAACUAGGUUACGACACGUGUACGAUAGCCAACGCGCUUGCCACGUACGAUAAUGGAGAAACCGUGAUUCACUUAGGCGGAGCGGGAACGCGAUACUUCGUGUGUGGCCGAAUGGGCCACUGUCAACAGGGCCUUAAACUCCAAGUCCAAGUUCUAGCCCAGUCCAACAACGGAACCAACGACGAUGAAAACCUAGACCCCGGUACCGCUUCCUCUCCUGCGCCUCGUUCUUCUCCGCCGCCUCCUUCUCCUCCACCGCCUCCUUCUCCUCCACCGCCUCACCGUGUCGAACACUCUCCCGCAGAUGAGCCCUCACCCUGCGACUCUUCCGGUACAGACGAGCGUUUUGGGGUGGUGCCGUUAAUCACGCUCGUUGGGCCUUUAACACCAGCAAUUUCUUAUCGCCUUUGUCUACAAGGUGCCAAGGCAUUAUUCGUGUCGCGUGAUGAUGGGGCGGCGUCCAUAAUAUUGCUUAGCCCUUUAGAAUACCAUCAUUAAAUUCCAAACCCUGCAAGAAAGAAUGUUGAAGUUUCAAAUAAUAAUGCUGGUAGUUUGCAAUUAAAUUGUCAUAGGUACUCAUAUUUAGACUUUGUAUGCAUAGAUGGAUGGUGUCCUUGGGGACCUACAAAAGGAAUAAUAGUAGCCGCUAGAAGUUACAAGUCUCUAUCAGAGACAGUUUUGAGUGCUGCUUAUUCAACCUAAAUGCAAAUUAGCAGCUUUCAAUACACAUUCUUACU